AUGACACCGCGAAAUGUAGAAGUAGUGGGUGCUUCCACUCUCUUGCAGAAUAUUAUGACCAGUUGGGAAAGUCUAUUCAACACAGGAGGGCUUAUAGCCAAAGGGUAUGCUCGUGCGCACGGAAAACCAUUCGCAGUCCCACAACAAGACAAAUACCUUCUUGUUGUAUCGUCUCCAGAACAGAUCCACGAGUUAGUUGCAGAAGCUACUCGAAAGAACAGCCGUAUCUCUUCUCAAGUACUUGGAGUUGAUCUUUUCGAACCGGAAUACACCCUCUCAGCUGAACGAGGGGAAUCAAAGACGCACAUCGCAUCUAACCAUUUGAAGCACAAGAUUACCUCCCAUCUCCCUUAUGCCUUCCCUGAAAUGCAACAGACUGUUCAGAAUGCCUUUCUAAACGAAAUGAAGGGAGACAAAAUAACUGACGGCUGGGAAAAGGUUACGCUUUAUUAUGUGGCAAAUCGAAUUGCAGGCAGGAUGAACAAUGUCCUUAUCUUCGGUGAUGAACUUGCAAGCAGUACCGGGUUUUAUGAGUCAUGCAUGAGAUUUAUAACUGAUGCUACCAUUCUUCUUGGGAUACUUCGUCACAUUCCCCGCAUCUUUUAUCGACCUGUAUCGUGGGUGGUCAUGAACUACAGCGGCGCUAGAGCAAAGUUCGAAUCCCUUGUUGCUUCCGAGAUCAUAAAAAGACGAUCUGAAAGUCUCACGGAAAAAGAGAAGCACAAGGACUGCUUACAAUGGAUCAUGGACUAUUCUGGCGACGCACCUGUUGAUUACAUCGCACGACAAAUGCUCUCUAUGACACUAGGUGGAGCGCACCAGCAGCCUAUGUAUGCUGCAUUCCUUCUUUACAAUUUGUGUCUUCAUCCGGAAUACACGGAAAAGCUAAGGGCUGAGAUUCGGGCCACCAAGGAGAUCCAAUUCCGAGACCUUCAAAGCGGCACCCCAUAUCUUGACAGUUUUCUCAGAGAAGUGGCUCGACUUAAUCCUUUGACUCAUGUUGCCUUGCCACGCAAGGUCAUGUCAGAAUUCACAUUCUUAGAUGGAACGCAUGUACCAAAAGACAACUGGAUCUGUGUUCCACAUGAGCCAUUGAUGAGACUCUCGGAUGUUUAUGCCGUCCCCCAAGAGUUCAACGGUUUCCGGUUCGUAAAUGAAGACAGUAGCGGUAUUCGAUCCAAAAACCGAUUCUGGGAUAUGAGCCGAGAGUUUCCCUUCUGGGGAAAUCCCAAAACAGGAUGUCCGGCCAGAUACUACGUGUCGAUGAACAUGAAGAUGAUAGCCAUACACUUACUUGACAACUAUGAUUUCAAAUUAUUCGAAAAUAACGCGCCGCCAAAGCUUUCUUAUCAUGUUUUGGACAUGCCUCAUCCCAAGUUGAAGGCCCUGGUCAGAAGGCGCGAGCAUAUAGAAGUGUAG